ACAGCACCUGCAAGUUCACAAAGAUUAGUUAUUAACCAUUAUUUCUAAAUUCAUUUUAGCGUAUUAGUUACACAGGUAGUCUAAAUAUAUAUAUACGAACACAACACAUUUCGAAAAUGAUAUAAACACAACAUCGCUUAUAUUAAAAAAAGAAAUGAGAACAUGUUUCUACAUAAGAGGUCUAAUUUGUGUAACCGAAUGUUCUACACACCGGAAAUUUGAUUGAAAACAUACACAAUUGCUUAAAUAGUUCAAUCUACUCAAGAAAAUAUCGAUUUUUCAUAACUACAAUAUUGGGAAAUAUGUAGUUUAAAAAGUGUACAAUGAAAAACUAUGGAUUAUAUUUCGGUGUUUUAACAAUUUGCCGUUCUGCAUUAUUUAUCAACAUCUGCUGGGCUUCUCGAAAUAUGACAAUUGAAAGUUCGGAGAGCGCAGAACUUGUGUCCCACUAUGAAUCAAGCCUUUCUCUUCCAGACAUCUUGCCAAUUCCUUCCAAAAACUACGAUAAAAAUCGGGCUCCCAAACUUCUGGGACAACCAACAGUUGUCUAUUUUCACGUCACUGUUCUAUCAUUAGACUCAAUAAAUGAAGAAUCAAUGACUUAUGUAACUGACAUAUUCUUAGCUCAAAGUUGGCGAGAUCCACGUCUUCGUCUUCCAGAGAACAUGAGCGACGAAUAUAGAAUACUGGAUGUCGAUUGGUUACAUAGUAUUUGGAGACCAGACUGCUUUUUUAAAAAUGCCAAGAAAGUUACAUUCCAUGAAAUGAGCAUACCUAACCAUUAUUUAUGGCUUUAUCACGACAAAACACUUCUAUACAUGUCCAAACUGACAUUGGUUUUGUCUUGUGCAAUGAAGUUUGAGUCAUAUCCCCACGAUACUCAAAUCUGUUCAAUGAUGAUAGAAAGCUUAUCUCACACAGUUCAGGAUUUAGUUUUUAUAUGGAAUAUGACUGAUCCACUGGUAGUAAAUAGUGAAAUUGAAUUACCUCAACUGGAUAUUUCAAACAAUUAUACCACAGACUGCACCAUCGAAUAUUCCACAGGCAAUUUUACUUGUUUGGCAAUUGUUUUUAAUCUACGCCGAAGGCUAGGAUAUCAUCUGUUCCACACAUAUAUACCAUCAGCCCUUAUUGUUGUUAUGUCUUGGAUAUCUUUUUGGAUUAAACCUGAAGCAAUUCCGGCGCGUGUAACCUUAGGUGUUACCUCCCUACUUACGCUAGCAACACAAAACACACAAUCUCAGCAAUCAUUGCCACCUGUAUCUUACGUGAAAGCUAUAGAUGUUUGGAUGUCUUCAUGUUCGGUUUUUGUUUUUCUUUCUCUCAUGGAAUUCGCUGUAGUGAAUAAUUAUAUGGGACCUGUAGCAACAAAAUCCAUGAAAGGAUAUUCGGAUGAAAGCUUACAUAAUACUCAAGAUUUUAAGACAAAAGUUCGCAGCGAAUCAAUGGUAGAGCCUCAAUAUGAUAUUACACGUAACGGGCACCCAACUGCAAUUUAUAUUGAUACAUUUUCUAGAUUUUUCUUUCCAUUUUCUUUUUUCAUCCUCAAUAUAGCUUACUGGACAACAUUUUUAUGACCAAGUUAAAAGUGUAACAAAAUAAUCAUUGUUUGAAGAUGUAACAAUUUUAAACAGAAAAAUUCAUAUUGAUUGAUUAAUUUUGAAAAUCCGAUGACUUGUGUCCCAUUAUUUUUAUAUGAGUCAAAUAAAAAUUCUAUUUUUAAUAUAUA